CUAGUGGAAGCGCAGGUACUUUUCUGCGCAGCACGACGUACGAUUAAACUCUGCAGGCAUAAUUCUGCGCAACCCCGAUCCCUCUAACUGAGCAGAUAUUACAUCUGCGCAGCUUUGGAAAGAAAUGCCAACGGGGUAAUUCAAAGAAAAACAUAACCGUACGCUUUUGUAUUUCAACUCUGAGUAGCCAUCUGAAAUUUUGACGGAUAUUCUAACAUCUGUGCAUCAACUGCAAUUCAGAAAAAUGCUUUAAAUUUUAAUUUAUUCCAAAAAUACCACCCCUCCGCGGCCUAGUAAGCCGCUUAUCGCCGAUCCCCGGUCUCAAUUUGAAGGAAUCGCCGGAUCCCAGUACUGCCAAACGGAGGACGGUGCUUCUGUUUUCCGAGGCAGUCCCCUGUCAGGCACAUUUUGAAAAAAAAGUGGGUCUUUCUGUGUUUUCCACUUGAAUUGUUACAGAAGGGAGUAAGUUCGAUUACAGCGGGUAAUUUUAAGAGCCGAGAGCGAGAGGAGGGCCGCAGGGGGAUCCGACCCAUGCAGGCUGGGACAUCCAUGAUCGCAUCGCCAUCGGGGACGGUUAAGCGACGGCAGAACGAACGACAGCUCGCGCAAAGAAAUGACAAAAUCCGUUUUAACGCGCCAGUAGUCCGUGUCCAAAAUUGCGCGUUUUGACAAGAUGCCUUUGUGUGGUCGCAGCUCCUGAUUUGAGCGCGUAGCCCACCGCGUCCGUUCGGGACACCAGCGGCAGUAGAGGACGCGGCGGCGCCGCCAUUUCUCUGCGCUUUCCGGCGUCGACUUUCGGAUAAAAGUCAAGUCAAGUACUUUGACUCUCUGUCCACUCUUCUUCGCGCGUCCCCCGCUCCUCCUCCAGUAGCCGCCAUGUCCCUGGUCGCCUACGGCAGCAGCGACGACAGCGACACCGAGGACACGUCCAGUGCCGUGGGACUCGCAGCCGGGAAGCCGGCGGGGCUCUUCGCCAGUCUCCCUGCUCCCCGGAGCAGCGGCGGUCUGGAGCCGGGGGUCGCAGGAGUCGCAGCGGUCGGACCGCGGCCCGACCCGCCAGACACGGAGCCCGCGGCCACAUCGGAGCCGCAGAGCAUCGAGGACUCGGACCCGGCGCCGAGGGGCCCCUCGAACCGAGAGGCGACCCCUGGGCUCCUGGUAAACCUGACAAAACCCAGGAAGCGCACGGAGCCCGUGAAGAUCGCUGUGCCCGAGAUCCAGAGAGGGGACUCAGAUUCAGAUGAGGACGAACCAGUGAGGAAAAAAGCGCUGCAACAGGGCUCAGCCGGAGGCCUCUCGUCUCUCCUGCCUCAGCCCCGGAACCUGGUUGUGAAGGAGACCCAGCGGCCCUUGCUGCCACACACACUCACCAAGCGCCCACAGGAGUCCCGGGCCCUGAGCUCCCCGGCAGGCACCAGCCCAACCGCAGCUGUCAGCGCUUCUCCCUCUGCCAUCAAGGCGGCUGCCAAGUCUGCCGCGCUGCAGCUGGCACGGCAGAUUGCUCAGGAGGAAGAUGGCAGUGAUGAGGAAGUCACCCCAGAAAACUACUUCUCCCUUCCUGAUAGCUCCCAGCCUCCCUCAGCCAUCCCUGUCCCUGAUCCCGAGUCCUCUGCUGUAUCAGUACUGCCCCCACCCCCUGGCACAGAGGCUCCCUUUCAGUCAGAUGCCCCCCUAGAUUUUGGUUCUGUCUCACAGGUCUAUACCAGACCAAGUGAGGCCUGGGAGGACCAGCAGCAGAACCCCUACUAUCCCCAGUAUCAGGAGUCCAGUGGGCAGACUGCUGCAGGAGAACCGUUCCCUCAGGAUUAUUAUAGUGGGGGUUAUUUUCAGGAACCAGAUCCUGGGCCCACUGAGGUGGAAGGACCAGGACAAUCAUCCCUGUUUGAUGAUGAAGCGUUCCGGAGGCUGCAGGGGAAGCGGAACCGGGGCAAAGAGGAAGUGAAGUUCCUGGAUAUCAAAGGGGAUGACCAGCUGAGCGGUAGCCAGCAGUGGCUGACUAAAAACAUGAGUGAGGAGAAAGAACAGCGCAAAUCAUUCAGCAAGAAAAAAGGAGAGCAACCUACCGGCCAACAGCGGCGUAAGCAUCAGAUCACAUAUCUCAUCCACCAGGCAAAGGAGCGGGAGCUGGAGCUCAAGAACACCUGGGCUGAGAACAAACUGACGCGCCGGCAAACGCAAGCCAAGUAUGGUUUUUAGUGGCUGCUGUGGGAGUGGAUGUGGAGGGCUCCUGUAGGAGCAGCCCUUAGGAAAGCACUCCCUAGAGCUAAACCGGGUACCUCUGCUAAAGAAAGGUCCCACUUUGGAAUAUAACAGGUGCUCAGCAUUGCCCCUCAAAUCAGUCAAUAGAGGGUUAGACUUCUGAAGUGUUUGCUCCUUGAAACUGCUUGUUUUCCUUUUUUUUUUUUUUUUUGUACUCUGACCCUGUUUUUGGGGUGGUAUCUGUGGGGGAGGGGUGUAAAUCAUGAUAUUAAGAGUCAGGCUUGGGUUGAACUGCCCAGAAUUGUGUACAGUUGUCAUGACAUUGUAUAAAUGGAUUUUCCUUUGAGGUUUAGUAAAUGUAAGUUGGUACAGGGCUGAGAUUCAG